AUGCAAACAGGGAAUGACGUGCAGUUCCGCAUCGACGAGGAGAAGGCGGAGCUCAAUCAGUACUGGUACUCGCCGCACACCAUCAGUGCCAUCGUUGCGGAGGUGCGGCACCACGCGACGGCGUGCGCGUUCUUGUCGACCCCGUCGCUUUACUUCGCCCUGUUGCGUGACCCGGCCGGCGAGGACGGCACCGCGACAGCGGCCGCCCUGGCUGCCGACAGCCGCCUGUUUGAGUUUGACCGGCAGUGGGAGGCGGACCCGGGCUUCGUGCGCUACGACUUCCACAGGCCGGAGCAGGUGCCGGUGCAGUACCUCGCCGCCUUUGACUACGUCCUGGCCGACCCGCCCUUCAUCACGGAGGACGUCUGGACGGCGUACGUGCAGACCGCCAAGUUGUUGCUCCGCCCCGGCGGCAGGCUGCUCUUCACCACCGUGCUGGAGAACCACACCAUGCUGGAGGGCCUGCUGGACGCCCCGCUCUUCAUCGCCCCGUUCCGCCCCGCCAUCACGCACCUGACAUACCAGUACGUCUGCUUCACAAACUACAGUGCCACGCGGCUCGCGCGCGUGAACUCCGAGCUUCCGCCGGAGGACCCGAAGAUCAUGGCGGCCACGCAAAUGGCCAACGAACUGCGGGAGUCGGAGCAGGAGUUCACGGCUCAGGCGCGGCAGCGGGAUCGGCAAGGCGAGGCGCCGCUGCCCGCCGCACAACACCACGACACGCCGAGCGACGCGCUGGCGGACCUCCCGAUUAGCGCCAUGAAGUGGGGGUACAUCCCGGCCGGGCUGACGGUGUACGCCGACGGCGGCGAGGCGCCCCCGGCCGAAUCCGGCAACCGCGACUACGGCAGCGUCUAUCGCGAGAUUGAGGCGCUGCGGGUGAUGCUGGACAACUUCAAGCGGCUCAUUGACCUCUCGCAGAAGCACCUCGACCGCCUGCUGCGACUGCAGCAGAGAUGCGGCAGACAGGAGGGGGAAGAGGCGUCGUCUGCCGCGGAGGCCGCGCUGCUGGCGGCAAAAGAGGCCUUCGCCAAGGCGCUGGGGGAGAUGCGAGAAAUUGUGACGAGCGUUGAGUCGAGUGAGGCGUGCGUGGCGGCCGAGAGUGGCGCGGCGGCGGCGGCGUCGAGUUACGUUGCCGCCAUGAAGGAGUGCGUGGAGGCGUACGCGACGGUGCCGCUGCAGAAACAACGGCUGAAUGAGCUCGCGGCGGAUGCCACGCGCAAGUUCAAGUCCCCUGUGUUUAACCGCAUGAAGGAGCUGCUGCAGCGGCUGAAGGAGAUAAAGCGGCAGCAUCAGCAGGAGCCGACGCCGCCGCUCACGAUGGCCGCAGACGCGACACCCUCCAGUUGA